UUAAGCUAUAGAGUUUAGAUUCACUUCUAGCUCUGCUUCGAUCCUUGAAUUUCACCUCCAAUUCCUUUCUCAAUCAUCUAUAUAAAAACACAAUUUAUAUAUAGAUAUAAUAAAAAAAAAAUAUGGAUCUUCCUAGUCUCUGCGUCAUCCUUCAAUCUGCACUUAGCCCUAAUCCCGAUGAACUCAAAGCCGCUGAACACAGCCUCAAUCAGUUUCAGUACACACCUCAGCAUUUGGUGAGACUGUUGCAGAUCAUAGUAGAUGAGAAUUGCAACAUGGCAGUACGACAAGUCGCCAGUAUUCAUUUCAAGAACUUUAUUGCAAAGAACUGGUCACCCCAUGAACCACAUGAGCAAUCGAAGAUCUUGCCCAAUGAUAAAGACAUGAUCAGGCAGAACAUUCUUGUCUUUAUAGCCCAAGUCCCUCCUUUGUUGAGAGUACAGCUGGGUGAGUGCCUCAAGACCAUUAUCAAUACAGAUUACCCGGAGCAAUGGUCGAGUCUUUUACAGUGGGUGAAGCAUAAUUUACAAGAUCAGCAGGUUUUUGGAGCGUUGUUUGUUAUGAGGAUUCUUUCUAGAAAAUAUGAGUUCAAGUCAGAUGAAGAGAGAGCACCAGUUUAUCUCAUUGUCGAAGAGACAUUUCCUCAUUUGCUUAUAAUAUUUGACAGGCUUGUUCAAAUUGUAAACCCUUCACUGGAAGUAGCUGACUUGAUCAAGCUAAUCUGCAAAAUAUUCUGGUCAUCAAUAUAUUUGGAGAUUCCAAAGCAGUUAUUUGAUCCAAAUGUCUUCAAUGCUUGGAUGGUUCUUUUCUUAAAUAUAUUGGAGAGGCCUGUCCCAGUAGAAGGCCAACCUGCUGAUCCAGAGCUCAGGAAAUCAUGGGGAUGGUGGAAGGUAAAAAAGUGGACAGUUCACAUUUUAAAUCGCCUGUACACCCGAUUUGGAGAUUUGAAACUUCAAAACCCGGAAAACAGAACUUUUGCCCAAAUGUUCCAGAAGAACUAUGCAGGGAAAAUUUUGGAGUACCAUUUGAAUUUGUUGAAUGUGAUCCGUGUUGGUGGUUAUUUGCCUGAUAGAGUUACAAAUUUUAUUUUGCAGUAUCUAAGCAACAGUAUUUCGAAGAUCAGUAUGUACAAUCAGCUGCAACCAAGACUUGAUAUUGUUCUUUUUGAGGUAAUUUUUCCACUUAUGUGCUUUAAUGACAAUGAUCAAAAGCUUUGGGAUGAAGAUCCACAUGAAUAUGUGAGGAAGGGGUAUGAUAUAGUUGAAGAUUUGUAUAGUCCUAGGACAGCUGCAAUGGAUUUUGUGAGUGAGUUGGUAAGAAAGCGUGGGAAAGAGAACCUUCAGAAGUUUAUACGAUUCAUUGUGGAGAUUUUUAGGAGAUAUGAUGAGGCAUCUGUGGGAUAUAAACCCUAUCGACAGAAAGAUGGUGCUCUUCUUGCUAUUGGGGCAUUAUGUGAUAAAUUAAAACAAACUGAACCUUACAAGUCUGAACUCGAGCGUAUGUUAAUACAACAUGUUUUCCCUGAGUUCAGCAGUCCUGUGGGCCAUCUUAGAGCCAAGGCGGCAUGGGUUGCAGGACAAUAUGCCCAUAUAAACUUUUUAGACCCAAACAAUUUUCGUAAAGCAUUGCAUAGUGUUGUUGCGGGGUUGCGUGAUCCAGAGCUUCCAGUUCGUAUUGAUUCAGUCUUUGCAUUGCGUUCGUUUGUUGAAUCUUGCAAAGAUUUGAAUGAAAUCCGACCAAUUCUUCCACAGCUACUUGAUGAGUUUUUUAAACUUAUGAAUGAAGUUGAAAACGAGGAUCUGGUGUUUACACUAGAGACUGUUGUGAACAAGUUUGGGGAGGAGAUGGCACCGUAUGCUCUUGGAUUAUGCCAGAAUCUGGCUGCUGCAUUUUGGAAAUGUACGAACAAUGCAGAAGCUGAUGAUGGGGCUGAUGAUCCUGGUGCUUUGGCAGCAGUUGGUUGUUUGCGUGCCAUAAGCACAAUUCUUGAAUCAGUGAGUCGGCUUCCUCACCUUUUUGUCCACAUUGAGCCAAUUCUGCUUCCAAUAAUGCGUAGGAUGUUGACUACUGAUGGACAAGAGGUCUUUGAGGAAGUUUUAGAAAUUGUGUCAAAUAUGACCUUUUUUUCACCCACAAUAUCCCUGGAUAUGUGGACCCUCUGGCCAUUGAUGAUGGAAGCAUUGGCUGAUUGGGCUAUUGAUUUCUUUCCCAAUAUAUUGGUUCCUUUGGACAACUAUAUAUCCAGAAGUACUGCACAUUUUCUGACAUGCAGGGAACCAGAUUACCAGCAAAGCCUUUGGAAUAUGAAUUCAUCUAUCAUGGGAGAUAAAAAUUUGGAGGACAGUGACGUUGUACCUGCUCCUAAGCUUAUUGAAGUGGUGUUUCAAAACUGCAGAGGGAAAGUGGAUCAAUGGGUUGAGCCAUAUCUUAGGAUCACAGUUGAGCGGUUGCGUCGAACUGAGAAACCAUACUUGAAAUGCCUUUUUUUCCAAGUGAUUGCUGAUGCUCUUUACUACAAUGCAUCUUUGACUCUCAACAUACUGCAAAAGCUCACUGUUGCUACGGAAAUCUUUAACCUUUGGUUCCAGAUGCUGCAACAAACUAAGAAGAGUGGAGGGCGUGCUAAUUUCAAAAGAGAACAUGAUAAAAAAGUUUGCUGCUUGGGGUUGACUUCACUGCUUCCACUUCCUGAGAGAGAGAGUACCAGCGGAGGCUUUAGGGCGUGUUUUUAGGGCUACUCUUGAUCUACUUGUUGCCUACAAGGAACAAGUGGCAGAAGCUUCACUGGAAGAAGAGGCUGAAGACGACGAUGAUAUGGAUGGUUAUGGAGAUGAUGAUGGCAACAGGUCUGACAAGGAAAUGGGAAUUGAUGCUGAGGAUGGGGAUGAAGCUGACAG